GGGACGAGAGGAGAGGAGACGAGAGGUGAGGAGACGAGAGGUGAGGAGACGAGAGGUGAGGAGACGAGAGGAGAGGAGACGAGAGGUGAGGAGACGAGAGGUGAGGAGACGAGAGGCGAGGAGACGAGAGGUGAGGAGACGAGAGGUGAGGAGACGAGAGGUGAGGAGACGAGAGGUGAGGAGACGAGAGGUGAGGAGACGAGAGGAGAGGAGACGAGAGGUGAGGAGACGAGAGGUGAGGAGACGAGAGGAGAGGAGACGAGAGGUGAGGAGACGAGAGGUGAGGAGACGAGAGGCGAGGAGACGAGAGGUGAGGAGACGAGAGGUGAGGAGACGAGAGGUGAGGAGACGAGAGGUGAGGAGACGAGAGGUGAGGAGACGAGAGGAGAGGAGACGAGAGGUGAGGAGACGAGAGGUGAGGAGACGAGAGGAGAGGAGACGAGAGGUGAGGAGACGAGAGGUGAGGAGACGAGAGGCGAGGAGACGAGAGGUGAGGAGACGAGAGGUGAGGAGACGAGAGGAGAGGAGACGAGAGGUGAGGAGACGAGAGGUGAGGAGACGAGAGGCGAGGAGGCGAGAGGUGAGGAGACGAGAGGUGAGGAGACGAGAGGUGAGGAGACGAGAGGUGAGGAGACGAGAGGUGAGGAGACGAGAGGAGAGGAGAGGAGCCGAGAGGAGAGGAGAGGAGAGGAGAGGAGACGAGAGGUGAGGAGACGAGAGGUGAGGAGACGAGAGGAGAGGAGAGGAGACGAGAGGAGAGGAGAGGAGAGGAGAGGAGAGGAGACGAGAGGUGAGGAGACGAGAGGUGAGGAGACGAGAGGUGAGGAGAGGAGACGAGAGGAGAGGAGAGGAGAGGAGAGGGGAGGAGAGGAGACGAGAGGUGAGGAGACGAGAGGUGAGGAGACGAGAGGUGGGGAGACGAGAUGCGAGGAGACUAGAGUCGACUCGGAAAGCACUCAUCAUGCUGGGUGGGUGGGUGGCCUAGGAGGAGAGAAACGCGAGAAGGAGCGGAUCAGGAUUCCAGGAGAGGAAGCUGGCGUGACCCUGACAUGCUCCUGCUGCCUUUCUCAAGGACACAAGGAGGCGAGGAUGCAAGGAAGGAGACGAGGAGAGACAGGAGGACACAAGGAGGAGUUUUGA